UUCUAAACUAUAUUGGCAUCGUUGUUUUUUUUUUACUAGAACUAUUACAAAGCACAAGAAAACGCUUUUAUUGGGAGUAUAAGGAAUACAUUUUACAUCAAAACAAUUCAGUGCGAAAUGAAAGGGGAGAAUUUCGURAUCGUAGGAUGUURCAUSUUGGUGUUUAUAAAUGCUGUAAAAGGCGGAAUUGGCUGCAGGAAUCUUAUCUUUCUACCAUGCAUACAAGACAAGACUUUGAGACGUGACGCAAUCUCGCGCCUAGACAUACCAGCAAAUGACCAAGGAAUAGACGAAUGCCAGACCAGAUGCUUUUUUGAAAAGAAAUGUGUUUCAUACAACUUGCUUCCGGUGGAUGGUCAGCGGAGAGCAUGUGAGUUGAUUGACGUGGAUCACCUGUCUUUCCCAGAUGACGUCAUUCCUCACCAGGGCUCGGAAUACUGUCCACUUGAGAAUCCAUGCUCAUCCAAUCCUUGUGACGCUGGUAAAGUGUGUGAACCUGACUUCAGCAGGGACUCAUUCAUAUGCCUGAAUCAUGUUGCCAACUGUGCUCAAGUCUUGCAGAACGGCCAUAGCAAAAGUGGAGUAUACACUGUACGACCGGAUGCUGGACGUGCUUUUCAGGUAUACUGCGACCAAGAAACCAAUGGCGGUGGAUGGACGGURAUCCAGAGAAGACAAGAUGGCUCACAAGACUUUUAUCUGGGAUGGCAAAGCUAUAAGCUUGGUUUUGGUAGUCUURCAGGAGAAUUCUGGUUGGGUCUGGACAAYAUCUACCGACUGACCCGCAAUAUAAAGAACCGUCUUCGUGUUGAACUGGAAGACACGGUAUACUGCGACCAAGAAACCAAUGGCGGUGGAUGGACGGUAAUCCAGAGAAGACAAGAUGGCUCACAAGACUUUUAUCUGGGAUGGCAAAGCUAUAAGCUUGGUUUUGGUAGUCUUACAGGAGAAUUCUGGUUGGGUCUGGACAACAUCUACCGACUGACCCGAAAUAUAAAGAACCGUCUUCGUGUUGAACUGGAAGACACGGUUUAUGCUGAAUGCGACUAUUUUGCUGUCAGUAGUGAAGUUGAUAGAUAUACUUUGAGUCUUGGUUCAUUUUCUGGUAAGGCCACAUGCAGAUAA